GAUUCUGUGGAAGUUUCCCUGCAAGUUGAGAAACACAAGACUAGUGCAGAGAGUUGAGCGGCUCAAGACACUGGGAUGAAGCAGAUACAGGAAAUACAGGAAAAACCCAAUACUGGGACUGAAGCGUAAAUUUGUCAAAGUCUUCCAAACAAUUAAACCGCGAGCUCUUGUCGGGUUUUCACCGAAACAGCAGGCUGGAACUAUUGAUUGACCUUUGAACUCACUGGAAACUGGAAAAAGACGUCACCCACUCUGACUGAGCAGAGACUGCUCACCCGCUAUCUCCCCUCCCUCUUAGACCCAGACAGCCUCUAUAUGCUCAUCAACCUGACGGUGGCCAUCAAGGAAUCUCGUGCCUUUCAUGGAACUCAGCCUGCCCUCCCCGCCGCUGCCCCUGACACUGUGGAAGUGACAGCCAUGGAGCCGCGUCCGCUGCUGGUCGCCCCUCCACCGACUGCCCUAGCACCUCCACCACCUCCGCCUCCACCUCCUCCUCCACCCCCUCCUCUGCCACCAGCACCUGGGUCCUCCUCGCCUUUCAGUCGGGCCGACAGUGCCCGUCGGAGCCGGCUUAGGAAGCUGAACUGGGAGCGCAUCCCCAAAGAGAAGGUGGAGGGGAGGAAGAGUGUGUGGAACGGGGCGGCUCCGGGCGAGGACGAGUUCCCCAUAGACCUCCAUUCUCUGGAUGAGCUGUUUGGUCAGAAGGACAGUAAGCCUCAGGACCGGACCAGCACCCUGAGGCGCCGGUCUGCUCUGCUGCACUGCAGAUCACCACAGGAAAGCUCGGAAGAGAUUUCCCUGUUGGACUCCAAACGCAGUAUGAACGUUGGAAUAUUUCUACGCCAGUUCAAAAUGCCUGCCAAGGAGAUAGUGGAGGAUAUCAGGCACGGUGCUGGGGGCCGUUACGGAGCAGAGAAGCUCUCAGAGCUCUGCAAACUGUUGCCUGACAAUGAGGAGGAGUCCCGUCUGAAGAGGUUCAGUGGGGAGCGGAGUUGGCUUGGAGAGCCUGAUCUUUUCCUGCUGCUGUUGGUGGAAGUCCCAAGUUUUCGGUUUCGUCUGGACGCCAUGAUCCUGCAACAAGAGUUUGACCCCGCUGUGACCUCUCUGUGUGUGGCAGCCAGAUGUCUGAGGGAGGCGGCCAGAGAACUGCUGAGCUGUCCAGAACUACACUCUAUCCUUCGUUUGGUGCUCAAAGCAGGGAACUACAUGAACGCUGGUGGAUAUGCGGGGAACGCCGCUGGUUUCCGAAUUUCAUCGCUGCUCAAACUGGCUGACACCAAAGCCAACAAGCCGGGGAUGAAUCUGCUGCAUUUUGUUGCAAUGGAAGCUGUGAAAAAGGACGACAGUUUACUGUCAUUUCCCAGCCAAAUAGGCCAUGUUGGCUCCGCCUCCAGGUUGAGUGAGGAGUCUGUGCUGGAGGACUUAUCCAAGUUAAAAAGCAGAGUGGUGGCGCUCAAAGCAAACAUCCAGACCGAGGCAGAGAUUCAGAAGCACACAAAACUUUUCAUAGAGGUGGCUGAGGAGCGUCUGAAGGAAGCAGAGGAUGAGGUGGAGGGCAUGAGGAUGUCUAGUCAGGCUCUGGUGGAAUUCUUCUGUGAAGAUGACAGCACCUUCAAACUAGAGGAGGCGUGCAGGGUCUUCCAUUCGUUUUGCCUCCGCUUCCAAAGAGCUGUCCAGGAAAAUGCUGAGCGGGAGCUGAAGGAGCAGAAACGUCUGGAGCGUCAACGUGAGAUUGGUGAAAAGCGUCGCUCUCUGGCGGUUUGUACGGGUUUGGACCUGAGCCCCAGCCUUGCCAAAGAGCCUGAGAGUCAAGAGAACCAAGACGAGCUGGAGAAACUGCUGGAGAAGAACCUGAGCCACACUUGGAGUCGACGUAGCCUGAGGAGCUCUGAGUCACGCAGACACUCCCAUCACCUCCGCAACGACGGCCAACUCAACAACUCAUCCUUCAACAAGACAUUACCCGAGCUGGGCAGCAGCCCCACGUCCACCAGUUAUUACUCCAGCAGCUCCUCCGACCACGAGACCACCGCUGUGUUUUGUAGCUCCCCAGAGACGGAUGGGACAUGCUCCCCCUUCAACCAAGAACGUGUUACGGGGCAAGGGAGCAGGUCUCAGCUCAGCAGAGCAACAAACGUUAGCAUGGAAGCUGUUCAGGACUCGCGCAUCGCCAUGUUUGGUCACUCUAAGCAGGGACGUAGCUUCACAGUCAAGCAGCACGGGCCCGAGAGCAUUUCUUAUGUGCUGCAAGGCCAAUCGAAGACAACAGGACUUGAAAAAGAAGCUCAGAUUUCCCAUGAGCUUGUGGUCCAGAUGACCACUGAAUCUUGUACAAAAUCUGCUGCCAUACCUACCGAUAAACCUGCCUUUUGUGUUAAAAACCAGACCCCCACUCACAGGCAGAGGUUUGGCCUGCCAGGGACAGACAAGACUCGGACAGCUCAGAGUAAAUCUGAUGGUUCUGGUGUGAUUGAGUCUGUACCGCACUCUCUUCAUACAAGUGGAAUACUUUCUCACAGUGACACAAGGACUGGGUCGUUAAGGAACCAGAGAUCUGAGAGUCAAACUCAAUCAUGUGUAGAUGCUCCAGAGAGGAUCCAGUCCCAACAACAAGCAAGAGAGACGCCCGCUGUUACAACAAGUGCUGUGACGCCUUUGCCUGAUGCAGGUUUAACAAAGCCCACUAACACAGAAGCGGCGUCCACACCUGUGGAGGAAAACUGGAUGCCCUCCAGUCUGCCGGCAUUCAGCCAAUCACAGCGAGAGGAGUACUCCGACUUGCCAAGUCCUGAGAGGGAGACGGCAAGGCCGUACUCCCGCGUGGGCGAAACACUGGAGUGCCACACUCUGGUGAAAGGCCUCCGGUCCUAUGACGCCUUGUCACCCCCAACCUCCCCACUCCCACGACCCGCCCCCAGCCUCUGCUCCAAGUGGAGGAAAGAGAGGGAGGGUGACCUCCGAGGGGGGACAACUCCAGGGUCUCCUACAUCAAAGGAGGAGACUCGAACCCUGAAGAUCCCUGUGCGUAGUGGAAUAGGGGCCAAAAGGGGACUUGUAUCACGUGCAGGACCUUCCAAUAGCACAAGCAUUCCCAGGGUGCGCUCCAAAACUGAGCCUUCAAAUGGAGCCCCAACCCCCGCUAACCCAUCCACUCCCAGCCAGGUGUCUAGUUCUCGCAGCACAUCCAUGCGCUCGUCGGCAAUCACACGGCCUGCCGCUGUCCAGACAGAGGUGAAACGCAGUCAUAGUACACGAGAGAGGACUAUAAGUGAGUCACAGACCACAGGGAAGCCCGCCUUAACCCGCAGGACAUCAGACAGAUCCGUACCUGAGAAGGUCCCAGGCAGCCCCCAGCCAGCAUUCGUCAGAGGAACCCCUCUCCGUGUGUCAAAAAGACUCGCCCCAAACUCUGAGACUCAGGCGCCCUACCAGCCUCGCACCGCCCACAGCCCGUCGUCCGCCACGGCCAAGACCAUACGCACGGCUGUCAUUUCUGCUGCCCGAAAUAAAUCCGCCAAGACAACAAGCACAAGCACCUCUCCUGCUGGCUCUAAAAUCCCAACAGCUUCACGGAUACCUGGUCCCAAAAUGCCGCGAGCUGCUGCAGCUCCGCCAUCGUGGAGGUGAUGAUGAACAAGUGCUUGUAAUGCACAGCGUUUUUACAUUUUUCAUGCUCUCAUGGAUUUCAGUCUAAUAUAAACAGUGUGGGCAUUCAUAAAGAGUGUGAGUCAUCAGUCAGAUUUCUGGUCUUAAUCAGAUCUUGGUUGUCAAAGUUAAACUUUUAUAAAAUUUGUAUGUAGUUCUGAAUACUUAUGUUCUACAUAUGUGAGAGGGAGCUGCACUGGGAGCAUCGGGGAGAAUUCCUCGCAUGUGCUUCACCCACUAGCAGAAUAUAUCCUACCUCCUUUUUACACCUAUUGGUGUCCUUUGCAGGCAAUAGGACACCACAAGACCACCGAUCACAGUUACUUUUCAUAUAGAACAGCAGUAUAACAGUAGAAAUCAUUCAGUAAAACGCAACCAAGUGACAUUACUCUGCCUAGUCCGUACAAGUGUGCGUUGAAAAAAAUGUAUAUUGGGGGAAACUGUUUCAAUCUCUUGAAAAAAGUAGUUUUGUCCAAAUGUUUUGAAUACUGUGACCCCUCCGCUAAGUGAUCUUACUGUACAGUCCAAACUGAACUCAACAAUGAACUCGGUACAACAUUGACCUGUUUAUCCUCUUGUUGAGAGGCCUCAUUGUUCUGAUGCACUUUACAAACUGCGAGGAGAUGAUUACUGUCAUUUUUGUC